AUGGGGGAGGGGUCUCUCCGGCUGAUCGUUGCGGCGGCACUGCUGGCUGCCGGGGGGGGUGAGCCUGCAUGGAGCGGCGUGCCGGCCCUGUUCGUCUUCGGGGACUCUCUCGUCGACGUGGGGAACAACAACUUCCUCCCUCUGAGCUUGGCCAAGGCUAACUUCCCUCCCAAUGGCGUAGACUUCCCUGGUGGAAGGCCCACGGGAAGGUUCAGCAACGGCUACAACGUCGCUGACUAUCUGGGUAACCGCGGCAAACAGAGAAGAGAGAUAGAGAGAGAAGAGAGAGAGAUCGCCUCUCACUGACUCCAAACUUCUUGCAUGUCUCAGGAAAACUUUACGGCUUCAGAAGGAGCCCUCCGCCGUUCCUCUCCCUCAACGAACCCGAGAUAAGGCAGCACGUCUGGGGAGGGAUAAGCUACGCGUCAGCCGGUUCAGGAAUCCUCAACUCCACCGGAAGCACCCAAGUAAGAGAACCCACCUACACCGCGCUGCUUAGACUUCCAUUCCUUCUGUCACUAACCUCCGAUAAUUCCCGCAGGGAGAGGUCAUCUCCAUGGAAGCUCAGCUUCACUACUUCAGGACAUCUCUCAAGAGCUUCAGAGCGGCAGAGUGCUCGAUAAAUCUGCGUCUUCUUCUCUCUAAGGCCGUCUUCCUCCUCUGCACGGGGAGCAACGACAUCUUCGCAUUCUAUAACUCCAACUCCUCCCAGAUCCAUCUCUCCAAGGCUGAGUUCAUCACCACUCUGACCUCCAACUAUGAGAAGCACAUUCAGGCCAGCCCUCUCUCUCCCUCUCUCUCCCUCUUCUCUCCUCCUGCUGGAUCUGACAGAGUCGGUCUCUCCUGCUGGGCAGAGGCUUUACAGGCUCGGCGCGAGGAGGUUCGGCAUGGUUGGGCUGGGCCUUGUCGGCUGCUGCCCCUCCAUGAGGAGCCGAACUCCUUCAGGCGGCUGCAUGGCCGAGUUGAACGAUCUCGCCCGCCAGUUCAACCUGGCGCUGCGCAGGGUCCUCAAGAGUCUCUCCGGGAAGCUCAAGGGAAUGAAGUACUCUUUCGGAGACGGGCAGAAGCUCGGCAAUAUGAUCGCCGACGACCCAUCUUCCUUCGGUGAGAUCACAGAUAAGAGUCAUGAUAUAAGAACAGAAGUGGAAGAUGACCAUCGCUUUCUUCUAGGGUUCAAGGACGCCAUGAAAGCUUGCUGCGGCGGAGGGAGGCUCAACGGAGAGCGGCCAUGCAAUGGGAACGCCACCGUGUGCGGCGACGCGAAGGAGUUCUACUUCUGGGACUGGUACCACCCCACGGCGGUCGCCGCCAGUUUGAGCGCUCAGGUGCUCUACGACGGCCCGCCGGAGCUGGUCUUUCCCGUCAACUUCCGGCAGCUCGCCGUCUGA